AUGCCCAGCACGUCUCGUUCGCCAGCACGUCCCGUUAACCGCGUUAACCGGGAAGCCUCUUUAGUCAGCAAGUCCUGUGAGUCAGCGAGUCCCGUUUCCAACUCCCCCGCAGAGGCCGUGACAAGCCCUAAACCCUACACACUAUACGCUCUCCGUUCAUUCGCCGUCGUUGGAUCUGCCUCUCUUCGCCACGACAUCAGCCGGCCCCAUCAUCGAUCGGGCGCACCCUUCAUCGCAUGCCGUCCGCUCCCUUGCCGCCCAUCGUUGCCCCUCAUCAAUCACGAAGCCUUGGCCGCCGUCGACAGCUCGAAGCGGGCACCGAAACCAACGGCGGCUGAGGAGGAAACAGACUGCUCGCCGCCAACCAGCCGUUUCUCCCACGUCCCAUCCGCUUCUCACUGCUUGCCCGCCGCCCCCGGUGCGUAUAUCGGACAAGCGUGGGUGGUUCAUCGAUUUUUGCACGCCUAUACCAGUCACGGCCAUGGCAACAAACACGAGCCAAGGCAUCUUGUAAAGCAUGGGCGCGGCAAGCUCCCCCAACACCAGGGCCACGGCCGCCAUGGGCACCUCCGACGUGCCAUCGCUGCUCUUGGCCUGGCCGCCGUGUGUUCUCUGCCCUCUGCAGUGACCAUCCAGUCACCAUCCACGGCCGCCAACCAACAGUCGCGGCGCUCCCGGAUGGUCAGCCAUGGCCGCCGUGACGUGGCAUGCGUGACCGGGGAUCCGUUCGACCUCGACCGCCAUCGGCUCAUUCUCGCCUGA